AUGAGGACCAGUGUCAAUUUGCGCAUGGAUUUGGUGAACUGCGUCCUGUGGUUCGUCAUCCUAGAUACAAAACUGAAGUUUGCAGAGCGAAGAGAAGAAACGGUGCAAGAAAUAGAGGGGUUAUCUGGGAAGAGCUUGCCGGAAGCUAUUGGUUAUCAAGUUGUGGUGGUGUUGAUGGUGGAGGUGCAGGUUUUGGAGGAGGAUGAGGAAGCAGUGGUGGUUGUCAUGGCUGUUUCUAGUUCCCUUGCUAUUGUUCACUAUUUUUCUGAUUUCAUCACCACUCGAGUUAGUAUUGAGACCACACUUGAUCAGUUUAAAGCCGAAGUUUGUAGGCAAUUGAAGCAGUUUACUCCUCUUGGUAUUUCAUUCUUCUUCCGAGAAGAUGGGAAAGAUCUUCCGGUUGACUGUGAUUAUUCGCUUCGAGCGCUUGCUUCUCUCACAAACAAUCAGAAGAAGGCCAGUUUUGAUAUAUUCUUGCAAAAUGUUACUCAUUUGGCCUCAUCAUCUAGCUCUAGGGCAGUUUCUUCUAUUUCUAAUGGUUCCAGUAUGUCUUCAAGAAACAAUCACGUAGUUGGAAUGUUCACGGCUAAGUGUGCAGAUAGCAAAUGCGUCUGGAAAUUUCAUGCAGCUUCUAUUGAUGAAAGGAACGAAAUGUUUCAGGUCAGAGCUUAUAACCCUGAGCACACUUGUGGUGCUGGUGGGCGCAAUUUGAAUCAAACAUACUCAACCAGGUUCUCGUCUAGUUUGAUUGAGGAAGAAGUUCGCAAAAAUCCUCACAAGAAGCCAAGACAAAUUGCAGAUGAUUUCCAGAUCAACUAUGGAAUUAACAUGGAGUAUUAUCAAGCCUAUCAUGGUAGGGAGAAGGUAUAUGAGACCAUUUAUGGUGACGAUGUUAAGUCAUACUCGUACUUGGUGUGGUAUAUUAAUGCUAUAAAGGACACCAACCCUGGUAGUGUGAUAGACUUCCAACUUAAUCCUGGAAAGCAAGAGUUCAAACGAUUUUUUCCUCUUGCUAUGGGACUAUGUGAUUCUGAGACUAUAGACAACUCGGAUUGGUUUUUGAGAAAUCUGCUACAAGUUGUUGGUGACGGGAGACUAAUUACCUUUCAUUCUGAUCGCCAUGAGGGACUCUUACAAGGUGUUCCACUUCACUAUCCAGAGUCAUUCCAUAGCUUCUGUUACUAUCAUUUGAAGAUGAAUCUUCCCAUCAACGGAUCUGAUCCUAGGUACACUCUUAUGCUUGACCUCUUCCAAGAAGCGACGUACACACUCACACCUGAAAACCAUUACAAGGCCAUUCAGAAAAUAAGAGAUCUGAAUUGUUGUCGGUAUGGGCGUACAUCUAACCAAAUAGCAGAAUCAUACAAUAGUUGGAUUAAGGUUCACAAGAAGAUGCCUGCAUUUGCUCUUCUUGAUCAGAUUAGGAUGAAAAAUAUGAGAAUAAUGGCUAAGCGUCGUGUUAUUGAUGAUGCUAUGAUGACUCCUUUAACUCCAGAGUACGAGGGAAGGCUCGAGUCUCUACAAGAUGAAGGUUUAGCAUGGAAAGUAAUUGUUUCUAGUCCUACCGUGUUUGAAGUUUUAAGCGAAAGGACUCACAGAGUGGAUCUAGAACACUCUACCUGCACCUGUCAAAGGUGGAGUGUGAAAGGUUUUCCUUGUGCCCAUGCUCUUGCAGCGAUACGAAAGGUUAAACGUGAACCAAUUGAUUUCAUUUCACCGUACUUUACAAGCGACUAUUAUAAGAGGACUUAUUUGCAUGCCAUCCAACCAAUUCCCAACUACAACAGGCUUGCUGAUAUUGACAAAUCCAACACCAUCAACCCUCCAUCUGUCAUAAAGAGACAACCAGGUAGACCCCAAGGCAAAAGGAUUUUAAGCAAAGGUGAAAAGGAAGCAAAGAGGAAAAUUAAUUGUAGCAAUUGCAAGGAAACUGGUCACAACAGGGCAAGUUGCAAGAAUCCUCCGAAGUUCACACCCCUAGCUUUUUAA